ACUGGAGCUGCAAAAUGUGGAACCUGGUGAUGGGCCAGGAAAUCACCUCGCUGAAGGGCCACCCCAACAAUGUGGUGUCCAUCAAGUACUGCAACCACUCGGGGCUGGUCUUCACCGUCUCAACCUCCUACAUCAAGAUGUGGGACCUCCGGGACUCGGCCAAGUGCAUCUGCACCCUCACGAACUUCGCCAGUGGAGCCUGCAGAUGGGGUCAGAAUUGCCGGUUCUCACACGACCGGAAGUCAGUCCAGAUCUGCAGGUAUUUCCAGAAUGGGUUCUGCGGCUACGGAGACCGUUGCAGGGCCUGCCCCGAGUGCCGGGUCACGCCCAGCUACUUCAUCCCCCUCAAAUACUGGGUCUCCAACACGGACGCAAAGGAGAAGCUGAUAGAAACCUUCAAGGCGCGGACAGGGAGAAUAAGAUGCAAGUUCUUUGCCCGCGGCCGUGGCCGCUGUCCCUUUAAAUCGGAGUGCAUCUACCUUCAUGAGCUCCCGGCCAGGGUGCGGCCCCCUCGACAGAGACGUCCAUGUGGGACAGGCCCGGUGGCAUUCAAUCCCUCUCCCUCUGAGAGCUCUGAGGAGGAGGACGAUGACGUGUGCUUGUUUCAAUGGGCUCUCACCUUUGCGCUGCUGCGGGGGGACGUCGACGAUCCAGACUACUGGCAUGAGAUUUUCCUCUUGGAUUCCAGUGAUUCGGACUAGAAAUUCCACUGGUCCGGGCUUGACUCGAUGGAAUCGGGGUCACUACAUGGCUUGUGAACCUAUAUCUUUUGGGGGUGGGGGGGAAAGACAAUUGACUUUUUUUAAUCUGUCUAGUUGUGUGUCUGGCAGGACUCCUAGUGAUCCGAAACCACUCUGCACAAGCUGGGGGAAUGAAGCGCCGACAGUGGGAAGCUCUCCUGUUCCACAGGGCGGUGGGAUGCGAUUACCAUUGCCACGCUGCUCUUUCAUCCAUCGUGGGGCUGAUGGGACUGACAUCUGACACAUCGCACGUCACGUUUCCACUUCCCUCCCUCCCUCCGCUCUGAAACAGCACCUCUCCCUCUCUCCACGGGUUCCCCACCACCAUGGCUUCCCAGCCUGGGAUCUGGUGGUGUCCCCAGUCCUAUGGUCUCCCAGCUGCCUUGCUGUAGGAGUAGGCUGUACACCAGGUUUCGCGGGGGUCCUGCAGUCUCGGUGUUGUGGUCGGAGGCAGAGCGUGCUUGCUGCUGAGGCUACUUUGUCGUGAAGGAGAGUCGGUUGAGCAGUGCUAUUGGCCACAGCAGCAGGCAGUGUCUGCAUCUUGGCAGGUUGCUCUAGUAUUGAUUGCAGUGCUGCCAGGCAUCCAUAGCAGGCUUAAAAGGGGGAGCAGUCUGGGAUUAGUGGGUGGGGGUGUUUGGCUUUUUUUAUUGAUACAGGCAUCUGUCUCGGAGGUUUCAUAGUGUAAGCAGGGAGCCCCAGCUCUGUGGGAGCUGGAAGGGUUGCUGCCUGGUCGUGAAGCUGC